ACUGUUGCUGCCGAAAGAGUAAAUAAAUUUGAAAUCCCAGCAUAAUGGACAAACUGGGGUUGGGGUGUCUGUUCGGUGGAAAAACGCAGGAAUCCAUACGGGGCCCCAGCUUCCUAGAUCUGAACUACGAGUGCUAUUUGGAGAUUUUUUCAUACCUGACUGCGCUGGAGGAUCAGCUGAAUCUGGGCCGCGCCCAUCCGCUUUUCCGGGAUGUCCUAAAGGACCUAUUGGGAACACGCUAUGGAAAAAUCAAUGUCCGAAUUCUAAAAACCAUUCCGGACUGGGAGUUCCUGCUGCAACUGUGUGGAUCCGAAGUGGCCAGAUGUGAGGUACCCCACGGCCGCUGGGACGAGCCCUUCAACUACCCCUUCCUGAGCCUCCUAGGACGCCACUGCCCCAAUCUGCGACAGGCGGUUAUCAUAUUCAUGCACGCGGUUACAGAGACUCCGCCGGAGAUUCCAGACAGGGGGUACGUCAUGCAACUGCUCCUGGAGCUGCCUAGUCUGACCGAUCUUACUCUGAUCGAUGCCAGAUCUGCACAGCUAGAACAAUUGCGGCAUUUUACUAAACUUCAGACCCUGGACUUGGAUGGAAUCGACUCAAACCUAAGUGAUCUCGCCUUCCAGCAGAUGUUUGAAAACAAGGACAAAGUGAGACGACUCCUGCUGAACUUUGGACGAGAUCGCAGGCGAUCGCAUCAGGUGCCCCAGUUGGCAGAGAAGUUUCCAAGCUUGGCGCACCUCACGCUGGAGAAUUUUGAUGUGAACUUUUCCGACUUGGGCGACUUUAAAGCUCUUCAAUCACUGCGUUUGAUCUCCCGUUGGAUAGCGGAGGUUAGCAAUGACUUCUAUAGAUCGGUAGCCAGACGCACUGGUGACCUCCAAAAUCUGCAGCUCAUAUCCGUUCGUGUUAGGAGCGACCAAGUGCAUCACAUCCUGUCAUUUAGCCGACUGAGAGCUCUGGACUGCGACAAUUGGCCAGCUCAAUCGGUGGACCAGUUGGGUCAAUUACCGGAGCUCGAGUGCCUUGCCCUGGAUUGCAUUGACUCACCUGCAAACGCAAGUCGUCAACUUUUAUCGUUAAUAACAAGCUGCCUCAAGCUGAAUCACCUAAAAUUGGGAAAACGUUGGCAGAUGCCUUUGGAGGAUGUGAAUAGAUUUCUGGAAAAACUAGCAGACUUACGAAUGGAUCCGAAAAAUAAACUUCUGCUUAGCUUUGACUUUAUCAAGACUGCGGAUACUCAAAAAAAGAUUAAAAAUAUUCUAAUUGAUCUUGACCAUUUGAGGGUCUCCUUUGACGGAGCCACCUGUCAUCACUGUCAGCCCGACACCCACUCCAAGUGCGAUACCAUCUUUGACUAGUCUUUCCUAUUAACUCACCUGACAGUGGGACUUUUCUAUGGCAACAGUCAGCCUAAGAAUCCAAUCGUUGAAGAGGAUUCCCUUGCCCUCAAACUCAAGUCGUUUUCUUUUGUAAUCAUAAACAUCUUUUCCAUGAGAAUGGUCUAACCAUCCCUGCGAGUCCAUGAUGAUUAAUGGUAGCGGUGCAACCGUUUCCAGACGAACAUCGAACGAAGGAUGCAACAAAAUACAAGUGGCAUGAGAAUCCGUAAAGUAUUGCUGAGCUAAUUGUAAUUAUUAUAGGCUUUGUUUAUGUUUCAAUAUAUCAAAACUUACCAAGAAAACUAAGAACAGUACUCCAGUAAUAAGGCUCUAACAAAAAAUCGGCCAUUUCGAAAUGCAUAUUUUAAAUUAACCACGUAAAUAACUCAAUUAAAAAAAAUUGUUCUGCAGAUAAUAUAGGUGUUUUUUCUGUUUCACGUUUUAUACGCAGUCAGUAUUAUUUCAAUUUAAUUAAUGUUGAAAACCAUUAGAUUUUUGUUGUAAAGUACCUGACGAAAGUUAUUCUUGCUAAGCGGGUCUUUAGGUGAGGCAAAAUGACUCGAAGUCCAAGAAUAACGUAUUUUAUUAAGGAAAACUGUACGUUUUGCAGUGGAUAAUAAUAGGUCUUCCAUACAUUUAUUAUUUAACAAAUUAAGUGCAUGCACAACUAGUAAAACGCAUUGUCAAACUGUUAAAAUAUUUAUUGUUAUAAAUAUGAUUAACUUUUACGGUAAAUAUUAAACAAAUAUAAAUUUCCAUAUUAAA